CGUGUGAAUGAGAACCAUGAGAGGUGUCAGUGUGUGGACGCUGCUUGCUGCUGCAUGUGUUUACCUGGACAUUGCUCGCUCAGAGGCAGACACCUGUCAAAGAUGUGACUCCAGCAACUUCUGUAACUGCUCUUCAAUGAACUUAGUGACUAUUCCACGUGUGUUGGAGAAAGUCUCAAGAUUGAACCUCUCCUACAACUUCAUAACGCACAUCAAGGAAACUGAUCUCACUAAGCAUAUUAAACUCAAAGUACUUAUGCUACAAUCAAAUGAAAUACAGUCUAUUGAUGACCAGGCAUUUAAGAGCAACGUGGUCCUAGAAUACCUUGAUUUGUCCAAUAACUCCUUGAUCCAACUCUCACCAGCUUGGUUUCUGCAUCUUUCCAAAUUACAACACCUGGAUCUUUCAGGGAAUAAAUACAGAAACCUGGGACCAGGCAGACUUUUCUCACAUCUGGAAAGCCUCCGGUGGUUAAAAGUUGGAAACGCUUUCUUGUCUAAUCUAAAGAAAGAUGACUUUGAAGGAAUUUCACAUCUCGAUGACUUUAUUUUACUGGGAAACAAAUUGGAAUCAUACGAGGACAGAAGUUUCAGUUCUUUCCAAAAUGUAAGCCAUGCCACUAUGAAUUUACAUGACCCAUUCCAAAAAAACCAGACCUUAGCUCAACGGAUUAUCUGGGAUUUAGCACCAGCCACCACCCAUGUUGAACUGAGAGACUUAGAAUAUCUGAGUUCCAGUGAUACUCAAUUAUUUUCAUUGCCAAAUAAUUCAUCAGUGAAGAAAUAUACCUUCAGAAAUAGUUCUCUGAGUGACAGUACAAUAUAUGUUUUACUAAAAAAUGGAAGAAACAGUGGAAUAUCUGAACUAGUUGCAGAAAAUUGUGCAUUUUCAGGAAGAGGAGAAUGGCACAAAGUUAAAAAUAUGACAUGUGAAUCACUUAUUUCACUGACAAUCAGACAUAUAUCCAUAAAACAGUUUUAUUUAUUUUUUGAUCUUUCGUUCCUUCAUGGCUUGAUAUCCCAUGUUAGAACAGCUAGGUUGACAAACUUGAACUUGUUCAUGAUGCCAUGUGGUGUAUCCAAAAGUUUUCAAAGAUUGGAGUAUCUUGAUUUAAGGGAGAAUUUGCUCACUGAUUUAAUGAUGAAAGAAAUGGUUUGUGAGAACUCCUGGUCUUCUCUGACGUACCUUAUUCUGAGAAAGAAUAAGUUGCAUUCUCUCAAGAAAAUUAGCCCGAUUUUAUCUAACAUUACCCACCUGAUGCACCUCGAUUUAAGCCAGAAUACAUUAAGUGAUGUUGAUUUUUGUGUAUGGUCAAAAACUCUUCAAUUUCUAAACCUUUCAGGCAGUCAAUUAAGUACUAUAUCACAGUGCAUCCCUCCAAAUAUCGAGGUGUUGGAUUUAAGCAACAAUAACAUAAGGACAUUCACUACCCACCUUCCUUCUCUCAGAGAACUAAAUGUGUCCAAUAACAAGCUGAUGUAUUUACCAGGCGGUGGCUAUCUACCAAACGUGAAGAUUCUGAUGAUCAGUGGGAAUAAUCUCAUCUCUAUGUCCAGUGAUGAAAUCACGACAUUCGAUAAGUUGACAACAUUGGAUGCUGGAAAGAACCAUUACAUCUGUUCCUGUGAAUUCUUGACCUAUAUAAACAAAUACCUAACCCACUCAAUACAACUGCUGAACUGGCCGGAAAACUACAUUUGUGAUUCACCUUUAGUUGUCAAGCGAAUGAUUGUGAAAAAUACCAAGCGCUCUUUCUUUGACUGUCACACAACACUCUCUGUCACCUUGUCGUGUGUGGCUUUGUGUUUGCCAAUAGCUAUUGUGGGACUAUUGUGCUACAAGUAUCACGGGAUCUGGUACAUCCAAAUGACCUGGGCGUGGCUCCAGGCAAAAAGGAAGCCAAAGAAAGUGAGGAAUAAUAAUAUUUUCUACGACGCAUUUGUUUCUUACAGCGAGAUGGAUUCUGAGUGGGUGGAAAACUUCCUGCUGAGGGAAUUAGAAAAUACCCAUCCACCACUGAUACUCUGUCUUCAUAAGCGCGAUUUCAUCCCAGGGAAGUGGAUAAUUGACAACAUCAUUGAGUCCAUUGAGAAGAGCAGAAAGACCCUGUUUGUCUUGUCUCAACACUUUGUCCAAAGCGAGUGGUGCAAGUACGAGCUGGACUAUUCUCAUUUCCGUCUGUUUGAUGAGAAUAAUGACACCGCCAUUCUUGUUCUGUUGGAGCCAAUCCCAAAGGAAACCAUUCCUCAGCGAUUCUGUAAGCUUAGGAAACUGAUGAACACAAAAACCUAUUUGGAAUGGCCUGAGGAUGAAGUAGAACAGCAAAUCUUCUGGUUUAACUUAAAAGUAGCAUUAAAAGGUGAGGAAAACAUAAGAGGACAUCAGUAAAAAAAAAUCUUCAGUACUUCGGAGAUGAGAAAAGACGUCUGGGUUUCAAAUAAUUUUGCAAGUGUGUCCAUAGUGUUUGGAAAUAGGAACUGGAGUGAAUUUAAAUGAAUGUUGCAUGAGGUACACCUCUAUCACACAUUGUUAUAAACUCACCUGAGUUCCUAAUAUUCAGUCCCGUGGAUUGGUAUUAAUGAUAAGAAGGCAUGAAACAAGAAAUAACUAUUUGAACCUUUAGGACCGCUGCCUCCUGAGACCAGGAACAACAUCUCAUCACUCUCUCUACCUGUUUCAUCUGUUUAUGGUCAAUUCUGCAAUAAACCUCCAAUCAAGUGAGAAUCCAGAAUGUCUGCUCAUCUUUACAUUUCCACAUUUCCACUUAAUGUAGUCCAUACACCACUGCUCCCUGGCUUGAUGACUUCAGUCUUACUUGACUCUAUAAUCUAAAAUCAUGUAACAAGAUAGAUGUUUACCCACAUCCAAUUUUCAUUGCUGACCACAAAUGGCAAAGAUGCAUGAAAAAGCUCACAGAACACAUGGAAUCGUUAAAAAACUGUAGGCUCCACUUGUAAUUAUUGUGCCUUCAGUAAUCUGCAAACGCCUAUAUCUACCCAAUGGUAUUUGACAUUCUCCAGAGAAAACCUAUCACUUUCUCUUUACUCUGAACUAUUAAAUGUAUGCAGGUGCUUAUCUAAUGCAAGAAAAAGUGCACAGAAUCUGAAAUUUAGGAACUUGGACACAGGAAGGCAGAACUGUUUGACACAAAGUGCUAAGUAUUUGCAUAAUAAAUUUGCGCGCUAAGUCAGAUGGACAAUCUGCUUUUCUUGCUAACUUUUAAACCGGUUGACCACGAUGUCACUGCAAAAAUGCAAUCUCUUCAAAUUUCAAGCAACUAACAAAUGUAUAUAUAUCUCCACAUUAAAAAAAUAUGUUUUACAUAGA